AUGGCGCUGUGCUCGUGUCCCAAGGCGCUGACGAGCAAGGUCGUGUACGCGGACGAGAAUUCCGGCCACGUUCAUCUCUGCCUACCGUUUUACGUCGACGUCUGCGGCGAGUGCCACCUCUCUCUAUAUCGCGGAUGUUGCUGCAGCGGCGCGCGCACGCUGCACAACCACCCCGCGGAGAUUGAGGAGCGGCGCGAGCUGAUGGGGAAGGUGUUGGCGGAGCUGAUGGCGCGCGCGCAGAAGCGGCGGAAGAUGAAAGCGCGCGAGGCCAUCGCCAAGGUUCAGGCGGCCAAGGAGGCCAGAAUGCAACACGUGGACAAAGCCAAGGGAGGUCGUGGCACGCUGCUGGUCGCCUGCCAUGGAAUGCAGGGCGCAGCGCAUGCGCGUGCAGCAGCCACGUGCCGUGCACUGAUUGGUCUUACACAGGUGUAA